AGUUUCGGCUAAAGUUUUUGUUUUUCCGCCUGUGAUUGUUAAAAUCCGUGUUUAUUACUUGACCAUUUGGGUUUAUUUUACUUCACGCGUUGUGAAAUGGAGUAAACAGAGAAGCUACACGAUCACCGUGACGAAACAUCGACAUGAACGUCCAUCGUCGUUCAGUGAGAGCCUGAGGGUCCGAGAACAUGGCGAAGCAGUUUACCAUCGACGACGCCUUCUCGCUGGAGGCGGACGCGGACGGGGCGGGGCCGGAGGAGGAACUGGACGGGUGGAAGGACCGAGACAAAGAGCGAGAAGGAGAGAUGACGUUCGGGCCGCUGUCCUUCUCUAAACCACAGAGUCUCCCGUCCACCUCCAACAUCUCCCCCGAGCACAGCAACCUCAAAUACCAGAAUCUGGAGAACGAGGAGACAUUGGGCAGCCCGGUGAACUCCACCUUUAAUAACCUCUUCAAAAUCAGUGAUCCAGCCACGCUGUCCUACUGCAGCUCUCAGUGGUCGUUCAGUACGCUCAGCUCCGUCACUCAGCUGUCUGCACACUGCUGCGGGUGGACGUCUCAUCCUUUAAUAAAGAAGAACAGGAGGGUCGUACUCGCCUCCUUCCUACUGCUUAUUACUGGAGCUGCUCUGAUAUUUACAGGGAUCGUCGUGGAGUUAAAUCCAAAGACAGAGGUCUCAAGUGCAAUUUUUUUCGUCUCUGGAUUUCUUCUCUUCAUUCCUGGAGUUUACCACGUGAUCUACAUAAGCUGUGCAGUUCGAGGCCGGAGAGGAUUCAAGUUCUUCUACCUGCCGUACUUUGAGAAGUGAUUUUAUUCUCUCUGAUGGAAUCAGGAGCUUUUAAAUGUUUAGAUUUUUUAAUGACAGGAGUGAAAUGAAGUGCUGCAGGUUAUUUUAAGUAGAUUUAAUUACCUAACAGUAUUUAUGCUAAACGAUCGAACCAGGAGCUUCAGCGUUAAUCAGCAGUGUGUGAGAUACACAAACCAGAAUGAAUUACCACUGAUACAACUGAGGGUUGAGGGCCUCGCUCAGGGACCCAACAUAAGUAGCUGGGCAGUGGCGCGGCCUGAACCAGUGACCCUCUGAUCACUAGCCCAGCACCUAAACCACUAAGCUGUCGCUGCCCGUUUUGCCCCUUUUGCCAGCAUGUCAGGUGGGCGGUUUUAAUGUUUUGGCUCUGAUGACCAGUUAAACUACAGUCAGUGAUUGUCUGCCAUCAAGUGGCUUCAUAUCAUGUGACAAUGCUACCUACACCAUACUGUUUCAUCUGCUGUCAAAAAUCUGAACAGAUAGGAGCGACAGCAGAACACGCAGUGCUGAGAUCUCAGGGUCUCGGGUUUGAAUCUCGGCUCUGCUAUCAGCCGACCGGGCGCCUAUACAGACACGCGAUUGGCUGUGUGACUGUAGGGGGAGGGGCGAUGGCUGAACAGGGUUCAGCUCUCCGUGAGACCCCACCCCUGGCAGGUGAAAAGAAGCGACCUGAGUGUAUGUGGGCGCGUGUGAGAGCCUCAGCCCUCACUGACCAGGGAUCAGUGUUAUAAUUCUGUCACACGCCUGUAUGUGCAUUUCCCCCCAAUUGUCCUUUCAAUUUAGUCGUAUCCAAUUCCCCUAUGGUAUGGUAUUUCGCCUCCGCUGCAGACCCCCCUCCGACACGUGUGCAGCACCGACCGCUUCUUUUCACCUCCGCCAGGUUCAUAUGGAGAUCCGUAUCGUGCACGGAGAGUCACGCACUGAUCUUCAUUAUCCCCCGUCUCUGUGCAGCUCCAUCGAUCAGCCAGCAGGGGUCGUAACUGCAUCAGUGUGUGGGGAAUUAUUAAUGAGACUGAAGGUUUUUACUUUGUUUAUAUACACCGAUCAGCCAUAACAUUAAAACCACCUCCUUGUUUCUACACUCACUGUCCAUGUUA